CCUCAUCUCCAGCACAUGCUGGUGUAAAAGGGAAAAACCUGCAAGGCUGGCAUGUGUGUCAGAGAGGAGCCACAGAUGAGUGCGGACACAGAGAGCGCAGCACACACCAGAAUGGAGGGUCCAUCUCGGUCGUCUCAGAAGUACCUGCUGCUCCAUGUGUGGUGCGGACUCCUCACCGUGUCCCUGGUGCUCAUGGCUGCGUUUGUCGCUUCAAACAAAUCGAAAUCAGAGGAAACCAGCGUCUCUGCGUUGAAACCAGAAGACAUCAGUCCACAAGUCAGCGAUCCCUUUUCACACGAGAGACUUUCAGGAAUGUCAUCUUCGUACAUUGAACUGGAAACAAGUUGGGUUGAUUCUAAUCAUGUUCCUGAUCAUGAGUGGACAGCACGCAUCACCUGUGCGUCCUGCUCCCUCUACCUCCAUCAGGACUCCAUCUACAUGAACAGCAGCAGCCCGGCGCGCUCCCACUUCUUCAUCUACGCGCAGGUGGUCUUCAGUAAGCCGGAGAAGGGCGACCGGUCCGUGAAGCUGGUCAGAAACCCAUCUCCAGGUAGAAAGGAAAAGGUUGAGGCCGAGGUCACAGCCGGGGCCAGAUCGGUGUGGCUGGGAAGGAUCGUCACGUUGACCGGAGGAGACAGCGUGAGUCUGAACAUCUCAGGAAAAUAUCAGAGAGAUGAAACGUUCUGGGGAGCUUUUCAGCUCCGUUAACGAGCUGGUCGGACCGGUGCCAGUUACAAGCUGUCCAUCUACUUAGUUUUAAGAUUUCUCCCCCCAAACACAUUUUUUGGAAGCAUUCCCAUCCUUUCUGUGACCAACAUGGAACACUAACUCCAUCAGACAUGAUUAAAUGCAGAUUUAACUCAUAAACUCGGAACAAAAAGCCUUGUUUCUGAAUCGUUUUGGUUUAAUGAAGUUAAUCUUGAGCGCUGAAGCUGUGGGAACGUCUAAAUGAAUGUAAACUGUGAAUGGGCCAGAAAAAUGUUCUUUAUCACUCCUGUUUUGUAACUUCUCUGUGUGUGUUUUCUAAUUUAUGGAAUGAAAUAUUGUAUUGCCGUUGUUUGGAAGCAAACCAAAAAGCUAAUAAAAUAUAUUCUUAUUAAAAGUUUUUGUUUUUCAAUCAUGGCCAAAUAUUCACCAAUUGUGCUUUUUGUUUUUUUUUAAAUAGCAUCUGAGACAUUUUAACUUCCUUAAUGUUUGUUAAUCAUUAUUUUUUUUUGUCCAGUGAUCAUUAAUUAUCACAGCUUGAAUAAUAACAAGAUGUUUUUUAGAAUAUUUUUAAUUAGCUAUUAUUUUCUGGACUUUUUGUUGUGUUACAUAAGUUCUAAAGGUUUUCUGCAGCCAAUUAAUUUAUUUUCUUCAAAUAUAACAUCCAUGUUGGACGACAACUUCUGGACCAAAUUCUGACCCGUUGUUUUCUCCUGAGUCCUUGGUGCUGAUCCAGUUGGCUGGCUUCAGUUUCUCCAGUGGCAGUCUGAGAACUGUUCUCAGGUUCUCACCAGGAUUCGGAUCUUUGAGUCAUUUGGUCACUUGACUCCUGAGACACGAUGCUUCACCAUGCAGGAAAAAACAAAGAUCAUCACCAAAUGUUUCAGAAUCAGAUCUUCA